AUGUGUUGUGUGUUAUUGUCGUUGCCAGUGUCGCCGCAUGCAAUUCAUGAUCCUGAUUCCUUGGAUUCUUUCAUUCGUGAUUUUGCAUCGUCCACCAGGAAACGCCGCACGGGUAGACUGUACGAGGUUGUCCUUCCGGCUAAUUUCUCCGGCAUUGAAGCUUCCAUUGUGACCUUGAAAAGUGGGAGUCUAUGGACGAGAGGGGCUAAUUUCAGCUUGUUCGAAAUCCCACCAAGAGCCCUGCCAUGGCCGUACGUGAGGAGACUUGAGAUAGUCUAUGAAAAUCUGGGAAACUGGUCCUCCUCUUACUUCGUCAACCCCCCCAAUCACACGUUGAUUUCUCCCGUCAUGGGCUUGAUAGCCUACGAAGCAAACGGGACAAAUGGAAGCUCUGGGAAGAUCGAGCUGAACGUAAUAAAGGACCCAAUUACACUCCAUUUCCCCCACAUCUCUUUCCCCAAUCCUUCCGCGGUGAAAUGCGUGGGUUUUCAGAGCAAUGGCACAGUUGAGUUCAGCAAUCUGAGCCGGAAAAGGACGUGCAGCGUGCGAGGAAUUGGGCAUUUCUCCCUGGCGAUUCCAACUCCGACCCCGCCGGAAAAGCAGCAGAAGAAGAAGAAGAAGAAAAGCUCGGCGUGGAAAUGGGGGGUUAUUAUAGGGUCGUCGAUAGUACUGGGAAUUGUGGGACUGGUUUUGUUGAUUGGCUUCACAUACAAAGGUGUUAAGGGGAAGAGACUUGGGAAAAUGGAGAGACAGUCGGAAAAGAGCGAGAGUCUGGAUUGUGUUUGGGUAGGGAGCAGUAAAAUGCCUUGUGCUACAAGUAUCAGAACUCAACCAGCUCUAGAGAAUGCCUAUGUUCCUUGA